GUUAAUUCGUUCAGUCACGCUUCUUUAAUAAUAUAUAAAGAAUAGCCAUAAAUACUCAUUUAACCCACUACAGUUACCAUAAAAUAGAAGAUUAUUUGAUCACUUUCCCUGAAAAUUCUUUACAGGUAUGUAUUAUCGCGAGAGUUCCAUUUCAGCCACGUGACUUCUCUUACCUAUGGCUGUUACGGGGAAGAUGAAUCACGUGACUUCUCAGGCAGCACCGUUACCAUGGAGCUUUGGGUUGACUGAUGCAGAGGACGCGCGUGCACAGAGAUUGCGUUUCUGACUAAAUAUUAACCGAAUAAAAAAGCAACAAACGUCAGGAUUGACGAGAGAUUCGUCACUCGGGCCUCUGUGUGGCGGCAGAAUGCAGUUCACUCCUCCUGUCAGCAAAAACAGGAUUAUCUCCACAUUUCCAAAGUAUUAUAACCCACAAGCCUGUCUACAGAUGAAGGAAGACUGGAGCGCUAAAGCUAAACAGGCUUUUAAAGACAGAGCCACCAGGCAGCAGGGGUUGAAGAUGUCGAAAGCCGUCAUUGUUGGAGACCUGAACGUAGGAAAGACCUGCUUAAUUAACAGGUUCUGUAAAGAUGCUUUCGACCGCGACUACAAGGCCACCAUCGGGGUCGACUUUGAAAUCGAGAGAUUUGAAAUCUGUGGGCUUCCGUUUUCUCUUCAGAUGCUCAGGCGUCAUCGGGCAUCGAGGCAGGAUACACCCUGGACGGAGUGCCAACCCAUCGCAGGGCACACACACACUCUCAUUCACUCACACUCACACACUACGGACAAUUUUCCAGAGAUGCCAAUCAACCUACUAUGCAUGUCUUUGGACCGGGGGAGGAAACCGGAGUACCCGGAGGAAACCCCUGAGGCACGGGGAGAACAUGCAAACUCCACACACACAAGGCGGAGGCGGGAAUCGAACCCCCAACCCUGGAGCUGGGACACUGCAGGUCAGGAGAAGUUUAAAUGCAUUGCCGCAGCGUAUUACAGAGGAGCUCAGGUGAUCGUCACCGUAUUUGACAUGACCGACAUUAAAACACUGGAAAACACCAAACAGUGGCUGACAGAGGCUCUGAACGAAAACGAACCAAACUCCUGUUUUAUUUUCUUGGUCGGAACUAAAAGAGAUCUGCUGUCUCCAGAGGAAUGCCAGAGGACGGAGAGAGAUGCAGUAAAGAUGGCGGCAGAGAUGAACGCAGAAUUCUGGUCCGUCUCAUCUAAAACAGGAGAAAGUGUGCAGCAGUUCUUCUUCCGUGUAACUGCUCUGUCAUUUGAAGACUUUGUCCUGAAGGACACGGAGCUCGGUUACAGCAUGGCAAGGAUCGGAGAUGGAGACCUUAUCAAAGUGGAUAAAAGCCCAGUAGCUGCUGAGGUGAAGGCAGAGAGAAAGAGCUGCUGCUGAUCCCCUGGAGAUGUUCUGCACUACAUCACACUUGAAACUCACAGAAACACCCAGAACCUGCUCUGAGUAGCAGGAAGUCAAACCCGGGACUUUUACAGCUCCAGCUUCAUCGUGGUGUUUAUUUUCUCAGUAUUAACAUUAACCACUGCCAUUGCAGAAAUAAAUUCAUAUUCGGUUUUAUCAGACAAGUUUGGAGCAGAGGAAUAAAAACCUGACUGCCUCUUUCACAGAAGUUUUAAUACAGUAUUUAAUUGUGAUCAAACACUGGAGCUGAGCAGCUGUUUGAAUUUUAAAAUGUUAUUAACAUACAUUUGCAUUAUUAUUAUUAUUUUUUUUAGAAUUGUACCUAUACCUUUUUUUUUUUUUUUUUUUUACAACAUUAAAUGAAGCACGGUUUCUCUUA